CGCUAGCUAGCGCUGCGUGCAAUCGAGCUAGCUUUUUGAAACUAUGACAACAUGACCCCUGACCAGCUGUUGCACAUACGGUUUGCCUCUUUGAGUCAGGACUUGUACAUGCUAAAUUGUAGAGGAGAUCUGAGUCCCAAAGUCGUAGAAGAAACACCAUGAGCCUUGCUGGAGACAACUCAUUCGUCUUCUCAUUCAAACUCAACAAUGUUCUCAUCAAUGUUGUGGGAAGUGUCUUUGUACGGCUCACCAUCUCGUCUCCAUUAAGGAAGGAUCUUUUGAAGGAUGUUGUCAACCAAUCAGGCGAGUCUGGAGAAGAGGUCAAAGGUCACAUAUUUGUCACUGAUGCGGUGACAAUAUCUCCAGAGUCCCAGUAUGGAUAUCACUCAUUGACCAAAAAUGAUGUCACAUUCUAUUUACCUAAAGGCUUAUGUCAAGACGGAAGAGGUAAAGAGGUGAUCCUGGAGAUAGCCGUCUUUGAUCAGAUAGAGAAUGUGAAGUUAGCCGAGGCCUCAUUCCUCAUUUACCCAAGAGAUAAGAAAAGCUCACAUGUAGGACCCAGUGAGGAGAUAUACCAAAAAUCAGGAGAGCUGUUACUUGUCACAACACUCAAAGAGGAAUCUAUCCUAGUCCAGCUUGGCAAAGUGAAAUAUGAAGCCAGCCUACGAUUACAAGAGACCCCCUCACCAAUCCCCUCCACCCCAUCCCCUCUCCCCUCCCCUACCAUGGUGCCUACACCAGAGCCAGAACCACUACCAGAAGAGAUACCAGACUCCCAGCCAGAACCUCCCCCUGUGACUAUACCAGAACCAGAGCCGGAACCGGUGGUCAGGCAGCGCACUCCAACCCCUCCUCCUAUGCCACCAGUGGUAACCUUUGACCCUCCAAAGCGUAGAGAACCCAGCAAACCAUCGGGUAUGGUCGCACUUCCAAAUCAUGAGGAAGUUGUUGUAAUCAUUCAUGCUGCCAGUGGCCUGACUCUCCUCCAGGACAACUCUACCCCUCGCCCUUAUGUACUAGGGAAAAUUGUACCUGGUUCUUCCAAUGGCAAGACAGCUGCUCCUCAGGCAAAGACUCCCUGGCAUAGCACCCACUCUACUGUUGAUCCUACUCUGAGUCCUGUAUGGGAGGAUGUUAUUUGCUGUAAGAUACCUGCCCCUGAAAGUUCCUCAACUCAAUCUGAUGUUCUGACGUUGAAGAUUGUUGAUCAACCUACCAGAAUUGACAUCUCUACAUUUGAGCUCCCACUCUCCUUGCUUGAACCAUUUCAUCACUAUCACUUAGACCUAGUACAGGCGAUACCUUUAUCACCCAGUUCAAUCCAUCUAUAUGUUACCAUCUAUCGUAAGCUCAGCAUGCUACCUGAAUGUGGAGAUUUCUCCUUCCAUGGUCUUGAAGUAAGACUAGUAUCAGUGGACCAUCGUCUUUAUGAUGCUAUGGGUUGCAUCAUGGCUGUUACCAAGAUCGUCCCUGAUUAUCAGAAAUACAGAGAUGCUUUUCAUAACCACACUCAUCUGCUGAGUGUGGAACCUUUAGUGGUGGAGAUGCCGGUCCCUCAUCCAUCUUCAUUUCUCACAGCAACCAGGGGCAAACAUCAAGGUUAUUCACAGCUCUGGCUAGCCGAUGUUUCUGAAAUCACACAGCCUAAGUGGAACCAUUCCUUUGUCUUCUGCCAUGAGAGGGAGCUGGCAUCCAUGUUUGUCAGCACAGCAGCCGUGGUGGUUGAGCUUUAUGAUGUCAAUUCAGCCUAUGAUGGUACGAGAUGGCACCCUCAGAAACCUAUUGGGCUUGCAGUGGUUCUCUUGGAUAACAGGGUUUAUAAUGCUUUGACCAAUGACAGAGGGAAAUUAGGUGUUCGGAUUCCUAGUAUACCGCUUCAGAUGUGUGUUUUACCAACCCGUGGCAAGCAGACGCCUUCCAUCUCUAUUGCGCUCAGGUUACUUACGUCUCGGGUUCCAGAUUCUUUACCGUCCGUGUCUAAAUUGGACACCCUGCCGUCCGUCGAUGGUUUUGCCUCUCCUGAGACUCCUAGAGACCUCUUACCUCCAGCUGAACCCACCACUGGAGGUUUGAACCCAGAACCUGUCUAUUCUCCACCUACUACACCUCUGCCUCAACCACUGUAUGAUGUGAUAGUCAUAGACACUAGGAAAAAGCUGUCCCUGAAAGAUGAUGACCUCCCACCCAGUGAUGCCCUUCAGAAUCUCUUGGAUUCUAAUCCUCAAGAUCGCUUGGUUCAGCCUGGAGAGAAGCCUACAUCUACCAAAGGAUUGAUACCUACCAGGCUCCCGCCCCCUUCAGACAAGCCACAAUCAAAGGAAGGGAAAUCCCCUGUCAGUGGAGGUCAAAAUGAUCAGACGCUUCUCAACCUGAUCGACUCACAACAGAGGGAGAUUGAGAGCUAUAGGCAGGCUAUGAAGAGGAUGGGAGAGGAAAUGGUACAGCUACAGGACGCCCUCACAAGGAUAGAAGCAGACAACUCGCGCCUCCGUCAGCAGGCUAACAUGUAUGAGGACACGACCAGAGCGAUGGUGACUGAUGCCAAGCUAGAAGGCAUGAGCAAGGCAGAGAUGCUGGAGAAAUAUGUGACAUUGAAACAGGCACUUUCAAAGCAGGUAGCAGAGGCUGCUAACUACAGAGAAAAACUCCUUCAUGCUCAGAAUGAUCUUAUAAAGCACAAUGACAGGGAGAAGCGAUACCUGGAUCAGCAGGAGGCCUUGCUUUCCCAGUCCAAGCUCCUCCAGGAGAGGCAGGAUAAGGUCAAGAAGCUGGAGCAGGCUUGUAGGGAGCAGGAGAAAGCACUGGAGAAGAUGGAUAAAGCAUUGAAAGGAAAGAUAGGCAAGCAAGGAGUCAGAUUUAAAGAAGAAUCCCAAGAGAGCGCAGCACUAUCAGCAGAGAAUGCCAGAUUAAAAGCAGAACUAGAACAUAUGAAAGCUCUCUCUGCUUCACAACCAAGGGGAGGUUCAGCAAAUGAAGCUGAGAAGCUAAAGAUGCAAUACAUGUUAGAGAGAGCUGAGAGCAGAGUAUCGUCAUUAGAAAGAGAGCUCUUAGGCAAAGCCAAAGAAUGGGGAAAAGAGAAGGCGAACAUAUCACUAAGAUCAGACGAUUCUUUGAGACAACGCUCGUUACCACCCUUACCUUACUAUGACAGAGGUAAACCACGACAGGACUAUACUGAUGCAUACACAGAUAGGUCCUAUGGAGGAAGAAGACCUAGACUAGGAUAUGGGACACCUACAAGACUGAGUCCCCUCUACUAGAUCGAAAGGCCAGAUAUGUCUUAUCGUGGAAGAAGACCUAGACUAGGAUAGGGACCCCUACAAGACCGAGUCCUCUUUACCCGACCAAAAGGCCAGUUAGAUCCUAUGGAGGAAGGAGUCCUAGACUACGCUAUGGGGCACCUUGAAUUCCUCUCGACUAGGAUAAUAACUGUCAAAUGUGUCUCAUAGAGGAAGACUACCUACAGACUAUGAUAUUGGACACUUACAUGUACCAAGUCCUCUCUGCUAGAUCAAAGGACUAAAUAGUUCUUAUGGUGAAAGAUGACCUAGACUAGGAUAUGGGACAACUACUAGGUACUCUCUUCUAGACCCAAAGGCCAGAUAGGUCUUACGGUGCAAGAAGACCUAGACUAGGAUAUGGGACAACUGCUAGGUACUCUCUUCUAUACCUAAAGGCCAGAUAGGUCUUACGGUGCAAGAAGACCUAGACUAGGAUACAGGAAACCAACAAGACUAAGUCCUCUCUAAUAGAUCCGAAGGCCACUCUGAACUCAUCCCCAUGUUAGAAAAGAAAGAUUGUUGGAUCAUUAGCAGAAUGGCUUAAGUUGGUCAGCAAGCACUUCUAUACCUCAGUGAUGAUGUUAGCAAAGAUAUCAACAUUAUCAUGAUGAUCAAUCCCAAAUUGUGCCCUGAAGCAUAUUUAGAAUAAGAGGGUUGAUAUUCAAAGCUUAAUUGAUAUACUGGGAACAAUGCAAAUUUACCUGGAAAUAAAAAUAUAUUUCUUUGGCUAUUCAGUAAUCCCUUUACUUUAAUUGUAUCUUUGAUUCCAUACAUGAUUGAAAACAUUAAUCUGGAAAUAGAACAUAGGGUAUGCAUGUAGAUUCAGUUCAGGGUGUGAUUAUGGUAAAAGGGACAAAGUGGGAUGGCAGUAUUUUCAGCAAUAGAUUUACGAAGGACAAUGAAGUUGCUAAUAACAUAGCAAUGUUUAAUGACAUAGAAAUAAAAAAGCCUCAGGCAUAAGUGAAAGUUGUCUUAGCCUUUCAUUUGUUUGCUAGUAUAUAUUUUUGAAAUUUGAAUUUGUACCUGUCUUCUAUAUUAGUUUAUUCAGUCAAAGUGGCAUCAACAAUGAAGCUUUUAAACAGAUAUUUUCAUCCAUCAACGGUACAAGCAAGGUAUCUUUGAAAAGCUGAAUACCUUUUUUUCUCUCAUUUACAGGUCAGUUUGAUUUAUUACAUUAGCUUUUAUUCUUUUUCAAACCUUUUUUUUUCGAACAAACAGUACAGUGAUCCAUAUACAUUCAGUGGUGAUAGAAAGUUAGUGAAUCCCACUAUAAAAUAUAUGCCUUCAUUCUGAGUGUUGAAUGUAGACAAUAACACUACAAUGUUCAGCGAGCCCAGAGAAACAGACCUCAUUAAAUGUAAUAUUUUAUCACCUGACUUCCCAAUUAGAAAUAUAUGUAACAUGUCAGAACUUGAACACUUUUUAUGUAUACAGUUGAAGUUCAAUAACUUUUGAGCACCACUGCAAAUAAUAAUUUGUUACUUUCAUGUAAGAUUUUAUUGUUUGAUAUGGAUGUUUGGUUCAUAAUUGUUAAAGUAGUAGCAGAUUGACUAUGUGAGUUCAACCUCUUAUUCCAGCAUUAUGUAUUCAGAUGAUUCCAUCCAGAGUUCUUUUCUUCUCAGUGAAUAUCCGUCCAAACAGCUUCAUCCAUCCACUUUUUACCAAAUGAGCAGUUGGCUCAUGAAUAUCAAAGUAAAUUUGAGAAUACAUUUUCUGUCUAUCACAGCCCAUUCAAUUUCUAGUUAAAUUCAGACAUCAUUGUGAUCAUGUUAUUUUAUCAAAAGUUAUGAUUUAAUACAAAUUAAAAGCAAAAGUCUGGAAUCCAAAAGGCUGUAGAAAUAAAUCACUGGACACUUGACAAUUCCCUCUCAUAGCUAUCCUAUCAACAUUCCAAACUAGAUCCACUUCUGACACCAUGUCUAUCAUAUGACAAGGAAAAUCUGCUACUUGCCCUUAUAAUUUUUUUUCCUCAACACAUUUUUCUCCCUUUCUAUUUUUACUCAAUUUUUUUAGUCAACUCAGUAUACCUUUCAUCUCUUUUCAAGUUUUACUUUAUCGCUAAAUGUAUUCAGUGUAUCUCAAAUUUAAUAUAUUUCUUUUGAAGUAGCAAUAGCCUGCUGUAAUCCAUCCUUUGCAUUUCAAUUAUUUUUGUGUACUUAAUGAAUUCCAUGGAAUAUGCACACACACAAAAAAAAACAUUAGAAAAAAAUGUACAAAUCGAAUUACAUUUGGAGAUAAAGUUCAUGUUUAGAUAUUUUGCUUCCCAACUCAAUUUUCUUCAUUUUUUGAAUUAUGUAGCAAACUGUGCUUUUUAAUCUGUGCUUCUCCUGAUCUUGCCAGUACAUUAUUUUGUUUAUUUCUAUAUUCGUGUAUAUAUGUAUGAAAUGUAAUGUUUAUCAAAGAUUUAUAUGAAAGUGUACUUGGGAAUACAAAAAUUGUAGACUUACGGAAGCUUUGUUUAUUAAAAGGAAAAAGAGUAUUGAUAUUUUGUUACAUAAGUGAAAUGAUGAUACAAAUGUGAUUUGUAUGUUAUUAUUCAUGUUUGAACUCAAAUGGUAAAUGAAGCUCUUUGGGUAAGCAGAGUAAAAGAUAAAGAAAAAUACAACUAUAUUGAUACACACUAUUGGAAAGAUAAGUUUUGUUUUGGGAUUCAGAUGGAGUCUUAAAUUAUAUUAAAAUCCAACUGAAGUCAAACAUUAUAAGACAAUUUGUAGUAAGAGCAAAAUCUCAUGUAUUAAGGUGUUUUUCUUGGUAAAAAAAAUCUUUGGUUUUCAAUUAGGCCUAAUGAUGAAUCUGGAUUAGAAAUAAUCAGUAAACAUACACUCCAGUUUUGGAUAUUAUCAUGGCAUGUAUUCAA